GAGCUGCCGGGUGGGGGCAAAUGGGGCGCCGGCCGCUGCCCCGAUUGGCUGCGCCGCCGCCCCCUCCCCGCGCCGCGCGCCCCCGGCCCGCAGCCCGGGAGCUGGUUCCCGCUGGAGGGAGGACGUGCGGGGGCGGGACCGGUCUCCCCGCCCCGCACCCGACCCCGGGCGCGCGGGGAUAAAACCCGGCCGGCGCCGCCCGGGAACCCGGGCCCUGCAGCCUCCCGUGCGCGGAGAGGCGGGGCCGGGUCCGACCCGCUCCCCGCGCCUCCGCCCCGCGGACCAGGCUCUGGGAGCAGGGCGCCCCGCGCGCGGGCACGCGACGGCCAGAGCGCCCAGGCGGUACCUUCAGCAGAGCAAUGAAGAGAGCCGGGGAGAAGCAACCGCAGCCGGCCGAGACGUUUCCUGCGCCCGGGGUUGCUGCCGCCGCUGCGGCUGCCUGAAACUCCCCAAAGUUGCGAGCCAGCGAGAGGCUGCCGCCCGCCGGGAGCUAAAGGGAAAGGAACUCGUAAGAUGCCGGAGUGACAGACAGACGCACAGACCUGCAGAAGACACCACCGUCGGCGGCCUAUCCCCGGAGCCCGUGAGGCUUCCCAGCUCUGUUCACUGGUGGGAGGCUGAGCUGGUGGAAAAGGCGCCUGGAAGAGCCUUAGAGGCGACCAUAAUGUCUUUACGUUUACACGCACUGCCCACCGUGCCUGGAGUUGUCAGACCGGGCUGCAGGGAACUGCUGUGUUUGUUAGUGAUCACGGUGACUGUGAGCCGUGGGGCCUCCGGGGUGUGCCCCACCGCUUGCAUCUGUGCCACUGACAUCGUCAGCUGCACCAACAAAAACCUGUCCAAGGUGCCUGGGAACCUUUUCAGACUGAUCAAGAGACUGGAUCUGAGUUAUAACAGAAUUGGGCUUCUGGAUUCUGAGUGGAUUCCGGUAUCGUUUGUAAAGCUGAACACCCUCAUUAUUCGGCAUAACAACAUCACGAGCAUUUCUAUGGACAGUUUUUCCACCACUCCAAAUCUGAAGUGUCUUGACUUAUCAUCCAACAAGCUGAAGACUGUGAAAAGUGCAGUGUUCCAAGAGUUGAAGGUUCUGGAAGUGCUCCUGCUUUACAACAAUCACAUUUCCUAUCUCGACCCUUCAGCGUUUGGAGGGCUCUCCCAACUGCAAAAACUCUACUUAAGUGGAAACUUUCUCACGCAGUUUCCCAUGGAUUUGUACGUUGGAAGGUUCAAGCUGGCAGAACUGAUGUUUCUAGAUGUUUCUUAUAACCAGAUCUCCUCCCUGCCGAUGCAUCAUAUAAAUUUAGUGCCAGGAAAGCAGCUGAGAGGCAUCUACCUUCAUGGAAACCCAUUUGUCUGUGACUGUUCCCUUUACUCGUUGCUGAUAUUUUGGUAUCGCAGGCACUUCAGCUCAGUGAUGGAUUUUAAGAAUGAUUAUACCUGUUGCUUGUGGUCUGACGCUAGGCACUUCCAUCAGGUGCUUCUGCUGCAGGAUAGCUUUAUGAACUGCUCUGACAGUAUCAUCAAUGGUUCCUUCCGUGCCCUUGGCUUUAUUCAUGAGGCUCAAGUGGGGGAAAGGCUGAUUGUCCACUGUGAUAGCAAGACUGGUAACGUGAAUACCGAUUUCAUGUGGGUCAGUCCAGAUAACAGAGUGCUGGAGCCCGAUAAAGAGAUAGAAAACUUUCACGUAUUUCCCAAUGGAAGUCUGGUUAUAGAAAGUCCUCGUUUUGAGGAUGCUGGAGUGUAUUCCUGUGUUGCAAUGAAUCGGCCACGUCUGUUAAAUGAAACUGUGGAUAUCACAAUAAACGUGAGCAAUUUCACCAUAAACAGAUCCCAUGCUCACGAGGCAUUUAACACAGCUUUUACCACUCUUGCAGCCUGUGUGGCCAGCAUUGUUUUGGUACUUCUGUACCUCUAUCUGACACCGUGUCCCUGCAAAUGUAAACCCAAGAGACGAAAAAAUAUGCUAAACCAAAGCAAUGCCCAUGCAUCUAUUCUCACUCCUGGCCCUGAAAGCGAUGCCCCCACCGAUGAACGGAAGGCAGGGGCUGGGAAAAGAGUGGUGUUUUUGGAACCCCUGAAGGAUACUGCGACAGGGCAGAAUGGGAAAGUCAGGCUCUUUCCCAGUGAAACGGUCAUAGCUGAGGGCAUCUUAAAGUCCACGAGGGUGAAAUCUGACUCAGAUUCAGUCAGUUCAGUGUUUUCAGACACACCCUUUGUGGCGUCCACUUAAUUUUGUGCCUGUAUUUUUAUGAUGUAGUGAUUGAAUCUCUUCAUAUUCAGCUUUGUGUGUGGUCUGCAGAAAUAAACAGCAGGACAGAAAUGGGGUUGUUUUGUUUUUCUGAAAUACAACCAAAGGGUCUCUUUCCCUGGUUAAUAGGAAAUGUGCUAAAGCAUUUAGGUUUGUGCCAGAGGAAGAUGGGGUUGUUUUUCAGAGUUUAAGUUCUAGAUAAUAUCUUAGUCUUUAGCACCACUGAUAAUUUCAAAGCUGGCCUGGAGGUGAUAUGACUGACACUGUUCUUUUACUCAGGAUUCUUGAAAGAAAAAAUAAAUUCCAAGUAUUAGUAUUCUUAAAAAAGAGAUUUUACUAAUUUAUUGGGACCAAAGUUGAGUUAUGUUAAAGAAAAGUGUUGUGUUCAUUUUUAAAAGAUGUAGAAGGAAGAACCAAGCAGCAAUUAUUUAUAAAGCACAAAGUAAAGUUAGAUUUGGGAAUAAUUCGGUUCAUGUCAUCAUUGCAGACCAGAGUAAAUAGACUAUCCUGAUCAAAUUUACUGAGCAGUGCCGCAUCCCAUAUGGUGUUAGAUAAAUAGUACAGUCAAGGUACAUUUGUUUGACUGUCUUCUUCCCAUUCUGUACAUUUCCUAUCUUUGUGCAAAAGAUCUUACUGAAAGUUUAAAGCCAUCAUUAUUUGUUGCCAUAAAUAUGUAGGUGUCAGUGCCAGAACGUCUGAGUAACUUCUUCAACCUUUGGUCUAGGAGACUAGUAUUUGUUUAUAUGCUUGUGUGAAUGUAUGUCUUAAAUUAUAUGAACUGUUAAAGAGAUACCACUGUAUCGUGCUUUGGACAUUUGAAUUAUUGUAAAUAUAUGUGUUCUGCGACUUGAUGUUCUGUUUUAUUUGCCUAUUUAAAAAUAUACAUCUAAGAUGUUUUAUGUGA